AUGUUGAAUGGUGUUAGAAGAUUUUAUGAGCAAGAUACUGAGGUGAAGAAACAAUGGUAUACACGGGAUACAUCGAAAAAAGUUGUGUAUAAUAGCAAUUUUGAUCUGUUUAAGUCUGCACCAGCUAACUGGAGGGAUACUACUUAUUGUAAUAUGGCCCCACAACCUCCUUCUGCUGAUGAAUUGCCAGAGGCUUGUAGGUAUUUACUCGUUGAUUUGAAAAUUAGAUGGGAUAUUCUGAUCGAGUACGCGGAGCAAGUGAAGAAGUUAGGUCGUUUUUUGUUUGAAUUACUCUCUGAAGCUCUUGGCCUCAACUCGAGCUAUCUGAAUGACAUUGGUUGUUCGGAGGGGCUUGCUGUUUUGUAUCAUUGUUAUCCAGCAUGCCCUGAGCCAGAGUUAACUGUUGGAGUUGGCAAGCAUUCAGACAGUGACUUCCUCACAGUGCUGCUACAAGAUCAUUUAGGAGGCCUUCAGGUUAUUCAUAAGAAUUACUGGGUUGAUAUUCCUCCUGUCUCUGGUGCAUUAGUAGUAAAUGUUGGUGAACUUUUACAGCUGAUAUCAAAUGACAAGCUGAAGAGCAUUGCACAGAGUACUGGCAAGCCGUGUUGGUCCAAUAGUAUCGGUGGCCAGUUUCUUUACCACGGGUCAGUCAUUAUCAUCAAGAGUUUAUGGACCAAUUAG